ACACUUUCCAUUACGCAUUGCUUGCAUUUUGUAGAUAUUUGAUGCAGCAGCUUCGGACAAAGCACUCUGCUUACAACGAUUAUCAAAAACAAUCUCACAGCUGGAUUGGAAAAAUUAUAGUGGUAUUGUUGGAUUAAUCGUGAAAGGUACCACGAUACAAGGAGCCUAUGAAACAACUCUAACAUUGCUAUUGAAAUGUUUGGAUGUGAUCGAUGAGCCAGCAAUGGCCAUGCCCCUGUUGAUGUUGGAUUUUGAAGCACCACCACCGCUUUGCUUGUCAGUUACAAAAACACUAAGUGAAUUUCUUUCGGAGCGAAUCACGGAGACAGAGGAUCAGUCACUGGAUAAUCCGUUUACUCAUUUAUCAGCGAUUACGGUAGUUGAGAUUCAUUCGGAUUACGGUAGUUGA